GUGCCGUGGGUGGAGGAGGGGAGGGACAAAGGGCGGGAGGCAACUUCGGCGCAGGUGACACCAAGUUCGCUCCUGCGAGUGCGUUUCUCGAUUACCUCAGAGGUGCUCCUCUUGCAAACGCUAAAAGAAAAUGUGACGCGCCGGAGAGAGUAAAACCAGCGGCGAGUGCCAAUUAAUCCCCCGAUGCCUGAGGAGAGGCGGCCAGAGUGACAGGGGACUAGAGCGAGCGGGCGAGCGCGCUCCCGUCGGCCAGAAAUAAAGCGCUAGCAUGCACCUGAAGGGCAAAGUGGCUCUGGUGACUGGGGCAGCGCAGGGCAUAGGCAAAGCCUUCGUCCAAGUGCUGCUGGAAAGGGGCUGCAAGGUAGCUCUUGUGGAUAUAAAUGUGGAAGUAGGUAAGGCAAGCAAAGAAGGCUUUGACAAGCAGUUUGAUGAACAGAUGACCAUUUUCAUCCCUUGUGAUGUUUCAAAGGAAGAAGAACUGAAAGAAACAUUUAAGAAGACUGUUCAGCAUUUUGGAAAGCUGGAUAUUGUAGUUAACAAUGCUGGUGUGAAUAAUGAGAAAAACUGGGAAAUCACAGUACAAAUUAACUUGAUGUCAGUGAUUAGAGGAACAUAUCUUGGCCUAGAUUACAUGAAAAAAGAAAAUGGAGGCACUGGAGGAGUUAUUGUCAACGUAGCAUCAUUAGCAGGACUUAUGCCUGCUGCUCACCAACCAGUAUACUCUGCUUCAAAGCAUGGGGUAGUUGGAUUUACACGUUCAAUAGCUAUGGCCGCUACAGCAGGAAACUAUGAUGUAAGAAUAAAUACAAUCUGUCCUGGAUUUGUCAACACACCAAUUCUUCAAUCAGUUGACAAGGAAGAAAACAUGGGCCAAUAUUCAGUGUACAAAGAAGAAAUCAAAGAAAUGAUGAAAUUCUAUGGUAUACUGGACCCAUCGCUAAUUGCUGAAGGAUUGAUAAAAAUCCUUGAAGAUGAUACAUUAAAUGGAGAAGUUAUGAAGAUUACAACAAACGAAGGGAUUCAUUUUCACAAAUAUGUUCCACCACCAUUUCAGGCAAAGCACUUAUAAAUACACUUGCAGAACUGUUUUGAGGGAAAAUAUUAUUCAUUUCCCUGAAACUACACUGGUAUGAAUUGUUAAAUAAUAAGAAAAUACUGGUUAAUAUUAAUAGUUCACCUGAGUUUUAAAUGUGUCUGUUAAUAUUCUUUAUGUGAAGGACUAAUUAUAUUGCAAAUUAUAUAUGAUUUUAUAUUAGAAAAUUAAUAUUAUUUUUAAUUAUUUUUAUACCAGAUGGCAUUUCAAUUGCUGUAAAAUUAUUUGAAUAUUACCUAGUUUUAUUUGCAGCAAAAUACAUCUGAACUAAGUUAUAAAUGUUUUAUUAAUUUUGUUGCAAAACACACUUGUAGAUUUUAGGAUAAGAGGAGUAGCACCAUGUAUUUCUGGAACUCGUGGGUUAAUCUGAAAUAUUGACUUGGGUGGCACUGCAUACUUCCAGGCCUUGGGCCACAUUUUGCUUAAUUAGAACAUCGACUAAGAAUGUGGUUAGACAUUUAUAAUUAUAUUAUAUGCAACAAUAAUAGUAUUAAUGGAAAAAGGAAUUUUAAAAUAUUGUUCUUAGCUAUAGGAUAAACAUUGUAUAUAAUUACAAAGGUAUUGGAGUUAAUUCUUUCAGUAGAAUUUAUACCAAGCAUCCAGACCCAGUUUUAUUCUGUUCCUUUUUCCUAAGUAAAUAUUACUGUUUGAAUAUG